AUGACCAUUUCAAAUGGUUCGGUCAAAAAACACUCAAUACCAUCUGUUUCUAGUGAAGUAACUGAUGAUGAUAAUGUUAGUAAUGUAGAAGUUAAAAACAGUGAUGAAGAUGAUUCAUUACAUACAUCAUGGAAAUCUAUAUACUUAUUAACAGCUAUUUGCUUCUUCUGCGGUGUACAGUUUUCUAUUUUUUUUCCAACACUAUGGCCAUUUCUCAAUACGGUUGAUCCAACAGCCUCUGAAACGUUUUUCGGUUUGAUUACUGCAGCCUUUUCAUUCGGGCAAGGUAUUGCUAGUCCUGCUUUUGGAUACUGGAUGAACAGAUCAAAAUCAAUUCGCCAGCCACUGGUUUUUGGCAUUAUUAUUAUGAUUAUUUCGAAUGUGAUAUUCUGCUUUGUGGAAUCAUUUGCAGAAAAAGAUCGUAGAUGGGUUAUGAUGAUUGCUCGGUUUUGUAUUGGGAUUGGAGCUGGUACUGUAGGAGUUCAGAGAGCUUAUGCAGCUACGGCUAGUAGUUUGAAAGAUCGCGCAAGAGCAAUUACUUUUGUUCAAGCGAGUUAUGUAAUUGGAAUGACAAUUGGACCUGGUAUACAGGUUGCCUUUACACCUAUCAAAUAUCCCGGAUUGGUUGCUGGACGUUUCCAUUUGGACAUGUAUACUGCGCCAGCCUGGUUCGCCUGUGUCAUCAACAUCCUCUGUCUGCUCUUCAUUUUCGUUUUCCUCGAGGAAAGCUAUGCAGGAAUCACCGAAGCAUCUGGCGAUGAAGAUUCCUUCUUUGCCAUGCCCAAUUAUGACAAAAUCUCUGUGGGUGUUUGUGUUGUGACUCAGUUCACAUUGAUGUUCAUCAUUACUAAUUUAGAAACGGUAGGAAGUAUGUAUGCCAAGAUGAUGUGGGCAUGGACAAAUGAAAAAGCGGUUACGAAUAUCGGUAUUUUACAAGCAACUAAUGGACUUUUCAGUGUUAUAAUUUAUGGACUGUUUGCGUAUAGCUUAGGAGAUUAUGUUUCAAAAAACAAAGAGAGACUCUUCACAAUCAUUGGACUGUUCCUUGGCGCUCUUUUCCAUAUCGUGACCUUCCCGUUCCCAUGGUUCGGAGGCAAUCUGCCAGAAUAUCGAAAUGUAACUCUUAAAAAUAAUCAUACGGAGACCGUCGGAUGCGAUAGGACCAAAUACCCUUGGUGUGCAACAACCCAUGAUGUCAACUUCUGGGUGUACGCUGUCUUUUAUGGAGUUGUGUUAGCUGCAUGUUUCCCUAUUGUUAACAUUUCUAUGAACACACUGUUCAGUAAAAUUCUUGGAAGCAGAAGACAGGGAACGAUGCAAGGAGUAAUGUUGAUGGCUGGAAGUCUGGCGCGUACACUUGGUCCAUUAUUAGUCUCUUAUCUAUUCCAAAAGAAAGGACCAAUCCCGUUGUGGUAUACAGAGUUAGCAGCUCUGUUUAUAACAAUGCUCUUAUGGAUCGUUUUCUACCGAAGAAUAGUUCCGCUAGAAUCGAAUCCAAAACUUAAACCUUACGAGUACUAUGAGUAUGACAAAGGAGUAAAGUAUCGCAUAUGA